AUGAUCAUGCGCAGCUUUAUCGAAGAGAAUAAUGCCUACAAGAACGAGCAGAAACAAAUCCAGAGGAAUCAGCGAAUGCCUCCAGGCAUGGCCUCUCAAGAGCUAAUGGCAUAUUGGGGCUACAAGUUCGAGACAAUAUCAGUUCUGGACAAGACCUGGGACGAGGCAACCAGAAGUGAAAUCGAAGGCCGCGAAGAUCUUGUUGUGAACAACAAUGCCCAAUAUUGCUCAGUCGCCCGUACAGGAAUCGGACGUUCAAGACUCGUUCUUGGUGGAGAAGUAGACGCCAUUUGGGAUUCGAAGCCGGAUCGCAAGGAGGACCCUAUCAACUGGGUGGAACUCAAAACUUCCGCCGAGAUCAGAAAUGACAGGGACAUGCUCAAGUAUGAGCGAAAACUCUUAAAGUUCUGGGCUCAGUCAUUCCUCCUCGGUGUCCCAAGGAUCGUUGUCGGAUUCCGUGACCAGGAAGGUAUUGUGCGGCGUCUAGAGGAGGUCGAGACAGCUAAAAUACCGAGCACAGUAAAAAAAUCAGGACGAGGGACCUGGGACGGCAAUAUAUGCAUCAAUUUUGCUGCCGCUUUUCUAGAAUGGCUCAAAACUGCAAUCGAGGAAGGAGGAACCUGGAGACUUAGGAAAGCAGAAAAGUCAUCUGCAAUCGAGGCCUUCAAGGUGGAAGAAACUGGUACCGGCGAUAUCCUUUCAGAGGCCUUUUUAGCCUGGCGAACGAAGACGUGA